AUGUGUUGCAACUAUGGGAACUCCUGUGGCUAUGGCUGCAGAUGCGGCUAUGGCUGCAGAUGCGGCUAUGGCUCAGAUGUGGGCUGUGGCUAUGGCUUGGGCUGUGGCUAUGGCUCGGGGCUGUGGCUGGCUGUGGCUAUGGCUUGGGCUGUGGCUGUGGCUAUGGCUCAGGCUGCGGCUGUGGCUAUGGCUCAGGAUGGGGCUGUGGCUGUGGCUCAGGAUGGGGCUGUGGAAAAGGCUCCUGCUGUGGCUGUGGAUAUGGCUCUGGCUCUGGCUGCUGUUGGCUACUGGCCAUUUUGCUACAGAAGAUGUUAUUCUUCUUGCUGCUAG